GCGCUGUGCGGGUGCGGCAGUGAACCUCAUGAGCGCCACGACAAUGGAGGAAAUCCACCCUUAAACGGAUCUUUUUCGCUUUGGUGUUCUCACUGUAGUUACAAACAAGGAUAUUUGUUUUUCUGUCGCUGCUGUAUUUUGUCCUGUCAACACUGUUUAGCCGAACUGGGGAAAUGAAGAAAAUAGUGUGUGAAGUAAUAUUUGUGAGUUCAGGUUUUGGGUGUAUUUUCCUUUAAAUCCCUGCUGAGCGGAUGUAGCAGAGCCCAGCGGAGAGUGAGACAGAGUUUCUCAGCGGCUCAGCCCAGCGAGCACAAUGGACCGAUAAACAUCACGGUUUGGGGCGAUGUUCAGUCGCUCUUGUCUCCAAAUUCCUUCCUGUCCAGAUUGGUUUGCUAUGGAAAUGGAUAUGAUACCGAAAUUCUCCUCAAAAGACGAGGAAAUUGACUUCUGGAAGGGACUGUCCCUGAAGUACAAGAAGGGGUGCCAGGAGGCUCAGGAGGAGCUGUUGGAGUUUCAGGAGGGGAGCAGGGAGCUGGAGGCUGAGCUGGAAGCACAGCUGGGACAGGCCGAGCAUCGCAUGAAGGACCUGCAGUCUGAGAACCACAGACUCAAGAACGAGGUGGAAACACUCAAGGAGAAGCUGGAGCAACAGUACUCCCAGAGCUACAAGCAGAUCUCCCUGCUGGAGGCCGACCUCGGCCAGACCCGCAGCAUCAAGGAGCAGCUGCACAAAUACGUCCGAGAGCUCGAACAGUCCAACGACGACUUAGAAAGAGCCAAAAGAGCUACUAUUGUGUCUCUGGAGAACUUCGAGCAGCGUCUGAACCAGGCCAUCGAGAGGAACGCCUUCCUGGAGAGUGAGCUGGAUGAGAAGGAGUCUCUUCUGGUUUCUGUGCAGAGGUUAAAGGAUGAAGCCAGAGACUUGCGGCAGGAGCUGGCCGUGCGAGAGCGGCAGUCAGAUGUAAGCAGGAUGUCUGCUCCAAGUUCACCCACGCAGGACAAUGUGAAGAUGGACACUGCUGUGCAGGCCUCACUCUCACUCCCUGCUACCCCGCUGAGCAAAGGUCUAGACAACGCCUUUGCCAACCCAACAGUACUGCCAAAUGGCUAUGGCAGCAACUCGCCGCUGACUCCCUCUGCCAGAAUAUCAGCCCUCAACAUCGUCAGUGAUUUACUCCGGAAAGUCGGGGCUCUGGAGUCUAAACUCGCUGCUUGCAGGAACUUUGCCAAGGACCAGAAAGCCAGGAAGGCGUGUGCUCUCGACAACAGCAAUGCGCUCAACGCAAACACAGCCAAGUACUCGCAGUUGCUACAUACAUCGUAUUUUGACAAAGCAAACACCAUAAAUGGACUGGAGCCCGGUUCCCUGACAGCCAUCACCGCCCCUCCUGCUGCCUCCUCUCCAGGAUUAGUGCCCCUUGCUGUGUGAUGGUAACAAAAAAAUUUAAUCUAAGAAGAGAAGAGUCCAGACAAAGAGGGAACACAGUACUGUAAAACUUUGUUGUCCUCAUCUUCUCUCUGUGGCUGUUGUUCUGACUCGACACUUGUGCUUCGCUCCUGCUCGUGGGUCCGUCUGUACAUUCUGUGUGUUACUGCUUCUGCUGUUUACUCACGGUCAAGUCCUGUCUGCUCUUCACGUGUUUAAAGAUUCCUUGAGCUUCUCCCUCAGUUUGUCCGAAGAGUGCAACAGUUCAUCUGAAAACAUUCUGAUGACGCUUAAAAUGAAGAGCAUUUUGCAACAACUUUCAUCAGCAAUAACUUCAAUUAAGGCACCAGUUGAGUGCACUCACAUCCACUGCUGCACCUGCGAAUGGAAACUAAAAGGUCUAAUGGGUGGACACUUGUGCAGAUGUCCUGAAUAAUUAUGCACCACAUGUCUCCACCAAUUAGUGAUGUUUCAAAAUAUUUUCAGCGUUGCCCCCAGUGUCUCGGUCAGGAUGCAGGUGAUUUGUACCGUUAUCUGGUUGUGCUUGAAAUUUAGUUUCAGUCAGCAACAAAGGGAUCGGGGAGUCUUUGUGUCAUUGUAGUGAGUCCAAAACACCAUCUAACAUCUGAACCAUGUGACCUGAUGCGUACAGUAUUGGUCAUAUUGAUUGUUACUGUCAGCCAGUUAAGCACUGCUACCACAUAAAAUCUGGCAUAUUUAAGUACACAAGACAUUUUCAGUACAGUACAAUACACAGUAAGUAAGUAAAGCACUUUGACUUUGUGUGAACUUAAAUCUGUCACAUUUUUCAUUUUCAUUCAAGUGCAAUAUUGUUAAUGUUUGAGGGUUUAAUUUAUUUCAUCUUUCUUCUAUGGCAUGUUUUAAUUUAAAAAAAUGUAAUAAUACUCCACCAAUUUACAUAAGUAACAUCACAUCAGUUCGUACUGUGGGGAAAUUAGAGCUGCAAUGAUUAGAUGAGUCAGUCCACAGAAAAUUAAUCGACAACUAUUCUGAUAAUCAUUUCAGUCAUUUUCAAACAAAAACUCAAUGUUUGAAAACGUGAAUACUUGUUUUCUCUGUUUCAUGUUGUAAAUUAAAUAUCUUUGGGUUUGAACUGUUGGACAAGACAUCUGAAGUUGUCAAAAGUCUUCUGAUCCAAAACAAAAGAAUAAUCAGCAGAUUAAUCGAUGAUGAGAAUUACCUUUUUUUUAAAUUUUUAAAAUCAGUUGUGUAAAGCAGGUUUUCAGAGCUACGGUGAUGUCUUCAAAUUUGUUUUGUCUGACAAAAGGUCAAAAACUCAAAUAUAUUCAAUUUAUAAAUAAUAGAAAACAGAACAAAAAGCAAGCAGUCAUACUCAAGAAUUAAUUUAGUUUGAAAAUGAUAAAUUGAUUGAUUUUCUGUAUUUUUUACGGGCAGCCAUCCAUGUGAAUUAAUGUUUGUAUGACAUGAAAAUAAAUCAACUCUCUUGAA